AUGGAUGAAGAUGAUGGGUUAUUGUUGAAUUUUGCAGUUCCAAACACUUCCGAAUCAACUGGAAGCAAAGCAAAAAAGUCUGGAAAUAAAGUCACUGGAGGAAGAUGGAAAGAUCGUCGUAAGCUUCAAUUAUCUUUGCAAGGAAGAGGUAGAAAUCAGAAAAAAGAGAAAAUAGUUGCAACUGGGGUCAACAGUACCGAUGUUGAUAAUUCGAGAUUGAAUAGAACGAAGGAACCAUCAGAUUCUACGAAAGAAAAACCGGUGCAAGAGAAAAGAAAAGUUCCGAUGAAUCAAGAUCAUUUAGGUCCGUCAUCCAAGAAAAUAAAAUUCAAAGAGACAUCUGGUGAAUUUGGAGGUAAGAACAGCUCUUAUGUUUCAUCAUUGUUCACGUCCAAUGAGGCUAGCUCCACUUUAACCCCAUCAGAUACUUCAGCUGCAACUACUACGUAUUUACCUUCCAAUGCACCAUUGAAAGAUGCUACAACAUUUGAUGGACUUGGACUCAAUGACAAAUUGGCCACACACUUAACAGAAUCAUUGCGUUUCAAAGCCCCAACUAAGGUACAAAGGGCAGUAAUUCCAAGCUUGAUAGCAACGCAGAGGGAUUUGUUUGUUAAAGCACAGACCGGUUCUGGUAAAACCUUAUCAUUCUUACUUCCAAUUUUUCACAAGUUGAUGUCUGAAGAAAAGCAUAAAAUCACUCGUGAAUCCGGAUUAUUUGCAAUAAUCUUAGUUCCAACCAGAGAAUUGUGUACUCAAAUAUAUGGCGUCUUAGAAACUUUGGUUAGAUGCCAUCAUCAUAUAGUCCCAGGUAUUGUCAUUGGUGGAGAAAAGAAAAAAUCUGAAAAAGCUAGACUUAGAAAAGGUGUCAAUAUCUUAGUGGCAACUCCAGGGAGAUUAGCUGAUCAUAUGGAGAAUACUACAUCUUUGGAUGUUAGUCAAUUGAGAUGGUUGAUUUUAGACGAAGGUGACAGAUUGACAGAAUUAGGUUUUGAAGAAACUAUUACCAAAAUUACUGAUAAUAUUUCUAAAAGCUCUAAGAUUUCUGAGACAAUUCAGAAAUAUCAAGGAUUGCCUACCGAAAGAGUUAAUGUCUUAUGUUCUGCCACAAUCCAAGAGAACGUUAAGAAAUUAGGUAAUAUUAUCUUGAACAAUCCUGAAACUAUAUCCGUUGAUUCAAAUAAGCAAAUCGAAGGAACACUUAAUUUUGAUGAUGAAGAAGAGCAACAGACUAUUGAUUCUAACAAUUCCGAAGGAAAGAGAAUGUCUGCACCAGAUCAAUUGAUUCAAAAAUCUUGGUUGUACCACCAAAAUUAA